AUUAUGAAUAUAGAAAAAGUUUGUCUUUGCAGCUAAACUUCAUGGUUGAUCUUGAGUUUCUCAUGAGCAACUACAAGGCUGGUAGAGCAGAUGGCAAACCUCUGCUUGUAAUGUAUGGCCAGAUGGAAGGUGACACCAAAGACUUUUCUUCAGUAACGUGUGUGAAGGUCAAUCUUCCGUUUAUAUAUGGGACUCACCACACAAAGAUGAUGAUAUUCGAGUAUCGAGAUGGUCUUCGAGUUGUUGUACACACUGCAAACCUUGUUCCAGAUGACUGGUAUGAGAAAACCCAAGGCUUCUGGGUGUCUCCUAU